GGUUGCGUCGAGAUUCAUUCAACCUUUGGCCGUCAACGAAAGCUGCGACUGAAGCAUACUCCAUGGUUAUGUGCGUGCCGGGCGACAUGCUUGAUGGUGGAAAUCGUGAGGAUGGGAAGAUGGUGGUACAUUGCGAAAGAGAGAAGGGAAGGAAACUGGGCUGGAAACAACAAAGGAGGCAUCAUAUUUAUUUAUGCUCGGUGGCACACCACCUCCGACGACACUGCCUCUCAAGCCGCCAUUUCGAUUGGCUCAGGCUACCAACGCCGCAUCGCAGGCCCAGGGCCAGGGUGGUGGAUGCGUACAGCACCUCCUCAACUGUGGUGUCAGCGCGCCAACGCCAGGACCGUAGGUCGCGAAUAAUUUGCCGGCGGGAUUGGAUAGACACCAAGGUGGCCUAAGCAACGGU